ACUUCCGGUGGCGGCGCCCCUACUCGCUCCCGGCUGGAGCGGCCUGCGGCCGGUUCCUAACCUCUCACCUCCCGGCCCGUCAGCGAGGGCUUCUUUCGGUCUCCAGUAACGGAGCAGUGCCUGGGACGCCCGGCUCGGUCAGUGUAGGGUAGGGCCGCCUCCGAGGUGGGAAAAUGUGCUGCGAGAAGUGGAGCCGCGUGGCCGAACUGAUUCUCUUCGUUGAAGACCGGGAGGAGGAGAAGAUCCUCUGCCUCUGCUCCAGGGCGUUUGUGGAGGAUCGAAAAUUGUGCAACUUGGGAUUAAAAGGCUACUAUGUCAAAGGCAAUGGCAACAGUGCAGGAGACCAAGCUAUAGAAGAGGAGGAAGUUGGUCAUUCCCAGGGUACUGCAGAAUCACGUGACAGCAAAGGCAUGGGCCUAGAUGAAAGUGAACUUGAUUCCGAGGCUGAACUCAUGAGAAGUAUGGGAUUGCCACUUCAGUUUGGUGGGAUAUCUGCACAUAAGAAUUUUGAGGUGUCUAUGAAUACCAGAAAUACAGUUAAAAUGAAAAAGAAAAAGAAAAAACAUCAAAAGAAGUACUUAGAUGAAAUUAUGCGAGAAUCUUGGAGAAAUGAAUAUGAAGAAGAUGACAUUUUAGCUUCAGAUGAUCCAUCUUCACUUGAACAGUAUGAGAACACCAGAGCAUGUAAACUUCAAGGCAAAAAAGACAUUGAAACAGAAGAUCUUCCUGUUGAAAAUACAUUAUCUCCAAAGCUAGAAAUUACAGAAAAAUGGGAGAAGUAUUGGAAUGAAUAUGGAGGAGGUCUGUUAUGGCAAAGCUGGCAAGAAAAACAUCCAGAUGAAACACUGCCUUAUGAGCCUUGGAACUUUCCUGAUACAAAAGAAGAAUGGGAAGAACAUUAUAGUCAGCUUUAUUGGUAUUAUUUGGAACAGUUUCAGUAUUGGGAAGCUCAGGGUUGGACUUUCGAUGCCUCACAAAGCUGUGAUACAGAUACCUAUGCAUCUAAAACAGAAGUUGACAAGGAAGAUGAAAUUUGUAUCAAAGUCAGCUUAGUGUCUUUUCCAUCUUCACCUAUUAGAGUUGAUAACAAAAAUUCUGGUUCAAGUGAUAAGGAUCUUAAUGAAAUACUUGAUGGAAUUAGUAAUAUAACUUUGAAUUCAGAGGAAGUAGAACAGAGCCAGGUAGAUUCCUCUGUAGGCUGUGAUGGUCAUCAGCAGCUAAGCGAAGUUAGCGGCAGGAGAGAGUGCCCUGCUUCUGGCCAAAGUGAACCAUGCAAUGGAGGAACCAAAGAAAGCAACUUAUCUGGGAAUGGAAGCACAGACCAAUCAGCUCAGGAUUCACAGGAGUCUUCAGGAGCAAACACAGGCAAAGACAGAUCACACACCAAUGGUAUUGAUAGAGAUGAGAGUGAAGAAGAUCCUCCUGAACAAAAGCCAAGCAAACUUAAGAGGAGCCAUGAACUGGACAUUGAUGAAGACCCAGAUUCAGCCUUUGGUUCACUUCUAGGAUUCAAGCAUGGCUCAGGACAAAAAUAUGGUGGAAUUCCAAAUUUCAGUCGUCGGCAGAUCAGGUAUCUAGAGAAGAAUGUGAAGCAUAAGUCUAAGUACCUGGACAUGCGCAGACAAAUAAAAGUGAAAAACAAACACAUCUUCUUUACCGAAGACUCAGGAAAACCAUUUUUCAAAAAGAACAAAGCUCUGAGUAGGGUAGAAAAAUUCCUAAAAUGGGUUAAUGAGCCAGUAGAUGAAGAAGCAUCACAGGAAUCAUUUUCUCAAGACAAUGUGCAAGACACCUGCACAAGCAGUGAUUCAGAGGAACAGGACAUGUCUGUUAAAAUAGAUGAUGACCAAGUGGAGACUAGUAAUCUGGAACCUGAAAAGUGUCAGACAACAUCUUCAGCUGGCGAGCUGGAAACAGAAAAAAAUGAAGACAGCUUGGUAGCAACUGCUGUAGAUAAGCAGAAUUGUGUUACUCGAGAUAUAACAGGCUCUCUUCAGGUAGAAACUGAAGCUGAAAUACAAAAGAAGAAGAAGAAAAACAACAAAAAGGUAAAUGGUCUGCCUCCUGAGAUAGCUGCUGUUCCUGAACUGGCAAAAUACUGGGCCCAGAGAUACAGGCUUUUCUCACGUUUUGAUGAUGGUAUUAAAUUGGACAGAGAGGGCUGGUUUUCAGUUACACCUGAGAAGAUCGCUGAACACAUUGCUGGCCGUGUCAGUCAGUCCUUCAAGUGUGACAUUAUAGUAGAUGCAUUCUGUGGUGUUGGAGGGAACAGCAUUCAGUUUGCCUUAACAGGAAAGAGAGUAAUCGCCAUUGAUAUAGAUCCUGUUAAGAUUGAUCUUGCUCGUAAUAAUGCAGAAGUUUAUGGGAUAGCAGAUAAGAUAGAGUUCAUCUGUGGAGAUUUCCUGCUGCUGGCUUCUUGUUUGAAAGCUGAUGUUGUGUUCCUCAGCCCACCUUGGGGAGGGCCAGACUAUGCCACCGCAGAGACCUUUGAUAUUAGGACAAUGAUGUCUCCUGAUGGCUUUGAAAUUUUCAGACUUUCCCAGAAGAUCACUAAUAAUAUCGUUUAUUUUCUCCCGAGAAACACUGAUAUUGACCAGGUGGCAUCCUUAGCAGGGCCCGGAGGGCAAGUAGAAAUAGAACAGAACUUUCUUAACAAUAAAUUGAAGACAAUCACUGCUUAUUUUGGUGACCUGAUCCGAAGACCAGCCUCGGGAACCUAACUGAGGCAGUACAAGGACCAAAAAGAUCAGGUAGUGGUCAGAACGUUAUUCAGACGAGACACUUGGAAUGUCUUCCUGUAUUCAGUGGUAUUUUGUACCCAUAAUCUUAUAUCACCAUAUGAAAUGGAAACUCACAGAAGUUUAAUGACUGUUAAUGAAGUGCUUUGAGAUCUUUGGAUAAUAUUAACUGUGUAUAUUGUACAUUAGGAUAGUAAGUGUCUGAUAUGGAAAGGGUAGGCUUGCCUUGUGCUUAAUUCCAAUGUGUGUAGGAUAUGUAUGUGUAUUUUUUUAAUUUUGUAUGUUUUGGUUUAAUAUUUUUGUGUGUAUGUAUAUGUGUGUAUAAAAACAAUUAUUUUGUUUUCUUAAUGUAGAGAUACAAAGAACAAUGAAUGAGUUAUAUUCUAUCCACCCAUUUAAACCCUGCUGAAAUAAUGUUUUAUGUUGAAAGCUAAAAACCUGAACAGUACAGAAUGGUACAAAAUGAAAAGUAAAAGACUCCUAGCCCCUACCCCACCUUUUUUUCUUCUAUCUAAAGAUAACCACAGCUGACAGUGUUUCAUAAAUCCUUUGAAGGACAGAAAGGAAUUGCAGUAUACCCUAAUACACUUUUUUUCUCAUUGAUGCACUGUUCGGUAUCCCCCCUUUUUUUUUAAACUUAAUGUAUCUUUUUAAAAAGUGUAUACUUUUUUUACUAGUGUGUCUUGAAGAUUUUCCAUGUCAGUACAUACAUAUAGAUCUACCUCGUUCCUUUUAAUGGCCAUCUUGUAUUCCAUCUACUGGAUAUGCCGUAAUUAAUUUAACCAGUUCCCUCUUGAUGGAUACUUGGCCUGUUUUCAGUUUUUUGCAAUUACCAAUUCUGUGCUGUCCUUAAAUAUAAUAUGUGUUUUUGAACAAGUAUACCCACAGGGUGAAUUUCUAGCAGAUUGCUGGGGUUUGUACAUUUUAAUUUUGAUAGAUCUGGUCAGAUUCCCUCAGUAAAGUUGGGCCCACUUAUACCCCCACCCGCAGUGACUCUGCUGCACAGGUCCCCACCCUCCCCCCAGCUUGGGGCAUCGUCAAGCAUUUUCACUGUUGCUGUCUCGUGGGUGAGGAAAAUGGCAUUUUAUUGUUUGUAUGCGUUUCCAUAAUUAUGAACAAGAUUUAAGUGUAUUUUCUUACAUUUUUUCCUUUUUAAAAUAGUUUUUCCCCUGUUUCUUUUUCAAUUUUUCCUUUGGAUUGUUACCCUUUUUUAUUAAUAUGUAUGAGCUCUUUGUAAAUUAAAGAGCCCUUUGUCUUUAGUAGGUUUUACACAUAUCUUUUUCCAGUUUGUAGUUCGCCUUUAGACUUACUCUGUUUUUGUCAUACAGAAGUUUUUAAUCUUUAUGUAGUCAGACCUACUAUUA